AUGAAGAUGGCUGCAGAUGAAUCUGCCUCUGGUACCUCGAAGAUUAAAAGAACUGCGUCUAGCAGCAGUAGUAUUGAAACGACAGUAACAAAGUUGUUGAUGUCCACCAAGCACCUCCUCCAAGUUUUAACACAAUGGUCUAAGGGCGCAACCUCGGGAAGAUCAGUAUCUGAUGCAUACGUUCAGUUGGGCAAUGAUUUUAAAGUUGUAUCGAAAUUCUUCAUGCAUGCGAAAGUUGACAUGUCAGAUGUUGGUGAUGUACCAAUGGCUUUAAGACGUGUAUUGGAAGUAACAUUAAGGGAACCUCCAUCUGACGAAACUUUGAAUAAACAUCUACCAAAAAUUAGAGAGAUUAUAGUGACACUUUUGGACAAACUAAAGGUCAAACAGGCAAUUUUGAAGAAUAUGCAGCAGGAGCAUCGGAUAAGUAUAAAAUCGCAUCACCAACAAAAUCCUUCCUUCACUAGUAACCUUUCAUUGGGAAGUGAAAGCACCCGUGAGGGGACUCCAUUUAGUAGCAGAAAAAGCAGCAUUGUACGUGAUCAAAGACAAAGUGAUGCGAAAGAAAAUAUAUACAGGGAAAGAGUGAAUUCUACUUCCACGGGAACACCAUCUGCUCAGUCAGCGCAGGCAACUGUGACAAAACCAACAGCUAAUUCUAAACCAAUCCUUAAAUCCAACAAUGCCUCAAGCGCAUCUGAUGACGAUGAUGCACUCUCGCAAUUGAAGAAGGGAACCAAUUUACAAAGGAGAGCCUCAAAGAGAUACUCUGCAUACCAUAUGGCCAAAUUGACUAACCAGUCUACGACGGAAGCUGCUGCUGCUGCUGGUCUUAUGGCAACACCUUCACCUUCGAUGUUGCAUCUGGAGGAAACAGUCAGAAAAUCAAAGUUAUACGGCAAUAACGACAAUGAAAAUGAUAGUAAUAGUACCUCCGCCGAAAACAAGGGUAAAAGCAUUGACAAUGUACCAAGGGCGAACCCAUUGGCUAAAAUGUCAUUGCCCAUUGAGAAUUCAGGUGCUUCUCCGCGAAGAUUAUCCAGCGUUGUUACAACCUCACCAGAUAAAGCUAUGAAUGGUGCUUCCCCAGUAUUUUUGAAAAUCGGAGACAAAACAAAGAAGUGUCGUAUACAACUUCCAACUACAAAAAAUGCGUUAAGACUGCUAUUUGUUGAGCGCUUUACGUAUUCUCCCGGUGCAAAUUCCUUCCCGGAUAUAUAUAUUAUGGAUCCCCAAUAUGGAGUAUUUUAUGAAUUAGAGGAACUAAAUCUUCACGAUAUUAAAGAAGGAUUCGUUAUCGAGUUGAAGCUUCAAGAGGACUCCAAUGAAAUGAUUAAAGAUUUUAUUGACACAGUUAAGAUUGAAAUAUCAAAUAGUCAGAAUGAUAUAAUAAGGCGCUUAAAGGAAAUGAGUUUUGGUUCUGCAACUAAUGGCAGGCAAACGGAAGUUUUACCACAAUCUGGCCUCGAAGCUAAUGAACACAAAUAUCCCGGGCCAAACAAGAAAGAAGAUGAUAAAACGGUCAAGGAUAUUCAGUAUGAACUGGGAAAAAUUAAACAAGUGCACAAUAUUAAUAGGUCACAUAUUAAUCAGACCAUUUUUAACAUUUUGCAAAAGGUCGACAAGUUCAAAUCUUUGUCAUUUUCUGCCAAAGAUUCUUCUAAUAGGAUAUACAUGGAAAAAUCACAGACCGAACUCGGCGAUUUAUCGGAUACUCUGCUAAGUAAAGUAGAUGAUUUGCAAGAUGUGAUCGAAAUCAUGAGGAAAGACGUUGCUGAGCGUAGGUCUCAGCCCGCUAAAAAGAAGUUGGAAACUGUAUCUAAGGAUUUAGAGAGUGCUCAAGCAGGUCUACUCAAACUACAGGAGUUUGUUGAUACUGAAAAGCCGCAUUGGAAAAAAACGUGGGAAGCCGAGCUGGAUAAGGUUUGCGAAGAACAGCAGUUUCUUACGUUACAGGAAGAGUUGAUUCUAGACUUGAAGGAAGACCUGGGUAAGGCAUUGGAGACUUUCGAUCUUAUCAAGUUAUGUUGUGAAGAGCAAGAGAAAAACCCUUUAAGAUCAAAAAGUAAUCCUAUUUUGCCCAUUAUGAGGCCGGGUACAUUCAAUCAGGUUAGGGAACAGGUCAUGGUUGCCGUUCAAUCUUUAAACCCUGACCAUGAUGGCAGGGUUGAAGCGAUUGACAAGGCCGAAAAGAUGUGGGAGAUGGAAAGAAAACUCAAAGCUAGUAAUGAAUUCGACGAUGAACUGGAAAAUUUUGUGGGAAAUUCAAACCUGAAAAAGUCGGGGGGCUUUGAAGAAAUAGAAAGGAUAAGAAAGCAAAAGGAUGAAGAAAAUCUGAGAGCAUAUUUCGGGCCCGGGUUCGGUUGA